AUGGAGACUCAAGAUAGCGUGGACAUUUUUGAGCUGCAACGCGUCGCGCUAGAGCACGAACCAAUCCGGCCUUUUGAUUCCAAUCAAACGCAAAUUGACAGCCCUCUUCACAACAGGCCUGGUGACUUCAAUCAGUGCCCUGCUCACCAACCUCACUCUGAGGCAUCAGUAACUAUCAACCGCUCGUUAUCCACACCUUCAUCCAAGCCUGCAAGUUCUACCGCCAACAGUCAUCCUCCUACCUCUUCACUUCAACAAUAUGAUCUAUACUCGCUAAAUUCCAAUCAUACCAUUGAUACGAACCCUCUCAUAUCCAGACGGCCAAUUACGGGAAAGAUGGACUCCGCAGAUUCUGCUCUGGGGGACACCCAGGUUGUCUCCCAGUCGAUCUACGAUAAUCUUAUUCGACAGAAUGGAGAGUCGAUGACGAAUGGAACAUUUAUAGAUAAUGGUGCAGAUGGAGCGACUCUUAGGACGCUCCAUGAGGGAGACAGUGGCCACCUUGAUCUCCUCGCUGAAUUUGACUCUACACACCGUGAAGUGAACUUAUCUCCUGAAAAUGAUGAUGAAAGCAGCUAUGACCAAAGCGAAUCAUCCCCGAUAGGAUUUCAGCCGGAAUUUUUUCCCGAAUCACAACGUUUCUUGAGCAGGACCCCUGGAACUGCAGUGAAAAAAAUUCAUACCCCGGGUACGACCGAGACACCUACCCUAUCGCGUAACCCGCUGGCCGGGGAGAUAGAGUCCAGCGGUGGCAUCAUGGGUCUAAGCCAACUGUUCAAGGCGACUCAGGCGCCAUCAUCUCCCCUGGUUCAUGGCCACCAACCCGAGCUUGUGUCGGAUCGCCCAUCACCGAACGUCCCAAUUCAACAACCACGAAUUUUCAAUGCCAUCUCCUCCCCUCUCGCAUACAUCCCGACUAAACUUACUCGGGACUCGUCUGAACCAAACCUGAAUUAUAUAUCUCUGAACGAAUCACAAGGCCGGCGAGACAAGUCUUUAGGGAGGCGUUUGAAUCGAUCAGCUGAUGAUAGGCACGAUGAUGUGCGAUCGGAUGACCCACUUGAGCAGGAAUUUUACAAGGAGUCGAGUUUUGUUGAGAAGGCACGACGGCAACGACAGAUUCAUGAAGAGACGGCUGUCCAAUUCGCGGCUUUGAGUGCUCCUGCCAGAUCUAAGAGCUCCUCUAGUACCUCCCGCGAGCGUACCUCUCCCGAGCGAUUCAUCCAAAAACCCCAACAAGAUGAUAUACUGGUUGGCGCUGCUGGAAGUGAAGAAGAAACGGAACAAGAGACUGAGCAAGAAACAGAGCACGAAGAAGAUAUUCCUCAGGUGCCGCAGUCACAGCAAUCAAUGGAAGAAGACAAGGAAAACUACGACCGCCCACCUGCACCAGUCGAGGCGGCCAAUAGUGCUCAUGAUCGACUUUCCCAAAUCCUUGAAAUGGCGACUAGUCAGUCAUCGCAUAUGGUGGUGGCCGAUGAACCAGAUGUUGUGUUUUCUGGUCGGGACUCGAUUGGCUUGCACAUUCGAGAUCAACCAUCUGGUCGGUCCUCGCAAGUAAUGGUCAAAGAUUCCCAGCAGUCACCGCCGCAAUCAUCUCCACAGGAAAUCAACAUAGGCAAGACGCAGUCCCAGCCUGAUGAAAUGCAACUUGACCCACCUCCUGUCGUCAAUUUUGGCAGGAUUUCGCCAGUCAGACAAUCUCUUCAAUCCUCGCCUCCUGGUUCACGACCAGAAAACGUUCUAUUGCCUCCAUUAAUAUCAAAUUCUCAACAACAGCAAGUCUCAAAUGGACCCGAGCGAGAUUUUGUUCAGAAUACUUCAUCCAACGAGAGACAUAUCCAGUCCAGCAAUCCCAAACCCGGAUCACUUCUAGCUUUAUCCCAACCUGGCCCAGGAGGUAAAACAUCUUCAAUGACAUCUCAUGUAAUAGAGACACCUGAUCAUCAGCGGCUGCCGAUUAGCGAUGCCCCUAUGACAAGCGUGCCCGAAACUAGCCCCACUCGCGUUCACAGUCAGUGGGAGGUUGAGUCCAAUGGCGAUGGCCUCAACAAUGAAGAUGAUGACCUUCCUCCGAUGUUUUCCACUGAAACUCAUCGAGCCACCCAUGCUCAGCUAUUCAAGUCGCGUGCCCUCUCCUCCCCCAUCAAAGGUCUUCAAUCCCAAGCCCAAUCUCAUGUUUUGUCAAGCCCAAGCGGGAGACAACGUCGAGCAUUGACUGAAAUUGCCUCCGAUUGCUCUCCUCAGGCUGACUUUCGGGUUGGGGAUAUCAGUAUGGAGUUUUUCACUGCUGACGAUGAUCACUUUAAUUCUUUGGUCAUUGAUGGAUCGCCCACUCGCCCAAAGAAAAGACGCCGUGGAAACCAAGGUCAAAGCUUUUUCACAGUUGAAGCUGCUGCUGCUCCUACCAUUCCUGCUACGCCAUAUUUGCCGCCUCCCAAAACUCUGACUCCCGUCCAGGAAGGCUCUAUUCCAGAAAGCCCGAUGUUACCUGAGGCAAUACAUAUUCCUCCUACAACUAUUCGCAAGAAAUCAAGACUUUCUCGAAGAACUGAAACCAUCUGGGAGAUUGAAAGCUCACCUCAACAGCCGAUGGCUCGCCGGAGUUCGAGAGAGGUUAAAUCAGUUGCAACUUUACAAUCGGAGCAGCCACCUGUUCAAGUAGAGGAAAAGGACAAUGAGGAACCACGUCAGUCAGUUGCCGUGCAUGAUUCUCCAUCAGUCUCUUCUGAACUCACAGAAGUUGAUUUCGACUCUGAAGAUAUGAUGAUACCAUCUGAGAACUAUACUGCGAGCAGUCUUCCAACUACCCCUGUAAUAUCCCGGGCUGCUUAUAAUUCUGAUGAUUCCCAAGUUGCCCCUCAUCAAGUCUUCGCUAUCUGGAUGGGUCACAAACGAGCAUAUUUUCCUGCAACUUGUCUUGGGGCCCCACUUGGAGUCUCGAAAGCGAAGUACAUGGUGAAAUUGGAAGAUAGUGCCCCCAUUGAGGUUGUUAAGGGCGCUGUGAAACGACUUGAACUUCGAAUCGGAGAUGCGGUCAAAGUCGACAUGCAUGAUGUGCCCAAAGUCACUCAUAUUAUCCGUGGACUUGACGACAAGCUCACUAAGGAAGAACUUGACCGCGCCACCAAAAACGGGCUUUAUCCUCAAACUGAUAUCUACGGGCAUACAACUGUGAUUCUCGGCCCCAAACAGCGCAAGAGUCUUCCCAAUGGAGGCCUGAACAACAGUGAAAACACGAUUAAGGUCCCCAUAUGUAGAAUUUACAUGGAUACCAUCCUAUGGAAUCAAUUCAAAGAUCGGUCCUACACCUACCAGCAUCAAGAAACAUUCCAGGAAGAUACUUCGCAUACUUCCUUUGAGAAAUCUUCCCUUCCAGUAUCUCCAGGUACAAGGUUCUCUCAUAAUGUUCAGCUAAGGAGUGGCAUCUUUUCAAAUAUGGCAUUUGCCGUGUCUUACAAGGAAGAUGACGGAUCUAAGAUUCGUAUUUCCAAACUCAUCACAGAUAAUGGUGGCUCGAUUCUCCACGAUGGAUUUACUGAACUAUUCGAACCUUCAUCUAUGAAUCCCUUGGCCACACCGAAGAAAGGGUUGAAUGAGAAAGGGACCCCUGAAGGCAGCGGUCUGCGUCUUACUUCUAUGGCUGAAAAUGUGGGAUUCACUUGUCUGAUUGCCGACUCGUAUUCGCGUCGUGAAAAGUACAUGCAGGCUCUGGCUCUCGGACUUCCUUGUCUGUCAGGGCGCUGGGUUGAGGACUGUGUCGCCAAAGGGCAUGCCUUGAACUGGGACAUCUAUUUACUGCCUGCCGGUGACUCGAUGUACCUUCACGGAGCCACAAAAUCAAGAGUCAUGACUUCGACGCCAGCUUCUGAGGCUCUUUUAUCGAGAACGAUUGCCACGAGACCAAAGCUACUAGACGGACAUUCUGUACUUAUAAUCACCGGACGUGGGAAAGCUGAAGAAAAGCGAAAAGCGUAUAUAUUCCUCACGCUUGCUCUGGGUGCUUCUCGUGUAGAGCGCGUUCCAGAUCUGCAGACGGCCAAACUACUGCUGGAAUCUCAAAUGGAAGCUUCUUUGCCCUGCAGCUGGGACUUUGUCUAUGUCGACGACGCUGAUCAAGCUUCAGCGAGGUCCAUGUUAACCCCGCGACCAAAGACGCAGAGGAUUCACUUGUUCCAUGGUAGCCGAAAACGCAAGAAGUCGGCUGUCUUCACCAAGACAACCCCCAAUGAUGAUCCGCUCCCCGCAAAAGUUGUCGGGAACGAAUUUGUUUGCCAGAGCCUCAUCCUGGGCCGGCUAUAUGAGGAAUGA